AUGUGUACCCAGGAGUACACUGUGUAUCGGUGUGGGUGUGUCGAAAUCGGCGAGUUCUAUCAGUGCGACGAGAAGUACGACGCCCAAUCGAGCUUAAAGUGCAGCCUGCAAACCAGGAGCAACAAGGAGUCCCGGAACUAUUGCUCCAAGCACCUUGUGAGUGAAGACAAGGUUAAGGAUGAAUUCCGAGGACGGGGCCCUCGUCAGCCUUGA